AAGUACCCGCUGUUCGUCGCCGUCACCCUCGUUCGCGCAUUGCACUCGUAGCACACUCGCCCCCAAUUCGCUGCCAGAGAGUUCCAGGAGAGUGGAGCUGUCAAAGUUUGACAGCCAGAAGCCUUCACCGGUCCAGGUCGGUCUACGUCGGUCCAGGUCGGUGUGCGAAAAAGAACGAACAGGCACGCCAUGGCUUCCAACGAACAUGGCCAGGUGGUGUCAUGGUAUAUUUGUACGAUAGCCGCGGUUCCUUUUGUCGCUCUGCGUAUGUGGACGCGAUGGAAGAGAGUCGGCAGGUUUGGCAUCGACGACUUUCUCGUUGUGCUCUCGUUGCUGUGUCUCAUUGGGGACCUCGCCAUCCAACAACACAUGUGGAACCUAGGUCUUAGUCAGAUCCCAGCAAUACCGCCAGAGAACUUCAAAGGCAUAAUGCAGAUGAUUAUCCCUGGAUCAACACUCUACGUUACCUCUCUCUGGGCCAUAAAGUUCGCCCUCGUCUUCUUCUACAAGAGUCUUGCCGCGCCAGGAUCGCGACUUGUCACUGUGUACAAUGUUGCGCUGGGGGGUUUGGUUGUCACAUACCUCAUCAUCUUCUUCGAUAUCCUCUUCCAAUGCUACCCACACGAUAAGCGAUGGUCCAAUGACCCAACAUAUCAAUGUAGUCCACGAGCCGCAGAGAUCAACUACUGGAUUACUAUUUUUUUUAAUAUCUUCACUGACGUAAUCAUCAUUGCCCUUCCCAUUACCAUGGUAUCCCGACUGCAGAUGAAACUUAAGCAAAAGCUUGGUGUAGCCGCCAUCUUUGCGCUUGGAUUUCUUGUUGUCAUUGCUAGUUGCAUCCGUGCCUACUACUCUAAACGCAACGAAACAAUGUUGACGUGCACGGUCUCCAUGAUUGAAACCGCCAUUGCCAUCAUAGCGACAUGCCUGCCCGCCCUACGCUCUACCCUUCUCGGCACCAACACCACAAAAGGUAGCUCAAGCGGCUAUGGCGGUCGGCACUAUGAGCUCUCAUCUGCGCGGCGCAAGGCUAGCGAGAACCGGCUCCAUUCAUCAAAGAUAAACAGCAGCCAUCAAACCAGCAGUACCGGCGGCCUGCAAUCUCACACUCGCGCCAACGGCUCCGAAGACUCGCUCUUCUCCAACGAAAGCCUGAAUGCUGCCGAGACAGGGACGGCAGGAACAGCGGUAAAAGGCAUUCGCGUGAAUACGCAAAUCGAGACGAUGUUUGAGGAAGGAAGACACGAUAGCAGUAGUCCAAACGUUAAGAGUCCAUUUGCUUGAGAAAAACUUCUUACGCCGCCUCCCUCAUAGCGAGGGAUUAAAAGUUAAUAAUCAUGUUGAACGUUGCAAAAGAAAAGAUGAAUGAUGCAGGCUGGAUGAAUGGGAGAGGGACAUCAGGCAGGGCCUGACUCCCCUUCUUAUACGAACCCAAACGGCCUCUCUUUGCCUAUCUAAUGUUACAAAUUAAUGCCCUUUCGGGACAUCACACCGAUGGGGCCACACCGAUAAGGCACAACCCCCUCCCCAGAAUAGUAUAGAAUCCUAAUCACCUCGACUUUCCUAAAACGAAAGCCAGCCAA